AAGCAGGAAAUCCGCGUCGGGGCAGUUGUGUCAUUCAUGUGAGGAAAAGGCACACGUACGGGAGAGGAGAGGAGAGAGGGAGAGAGAGAGAGAGAGAGGGAGAGAGGAGAGAGUUAAUGAAACCUCCGUCGCUGCUUUCCCUAACCAUUGACUCGGCUCUUCUCCACAUUGCUUACAUCUCCGAUCUCUCUGCCAUUCCCCAACCCAUUCUCCUCCAGCUCUUUCAGAGAACGUUGAGUGCAGGAAAGCUUACGGAAAAGAUUCUGAAGCUGUUCAUGGCUACUGGUGACGACAAAAUCCUCUCCCUCAUUGAUUCCCUUAAUAUCAAACUCAUCAUCUCUCCUGUCCUCCCUACAACAACGGUAAAGGACGACGAGGUAGAUAUUGUGAUUGCAGCACUUAGACCUGACCUCACCACCUUUAUGGAGGAGUGGCGAGCAGUUUUUUCGCGAUUCCACCUAAUAAUCGUCAAAGAUCCUGACCUCCAAGAUGACCUUCAAAUCCCCCAAGGGUUCGACCAUCAUGUAUACACCAAGUCUGACAUGGACCGAGUCACAGGCUCUGGUGCAGCUUCCCUCUGCUUCUCUGGUUACUCGUGCCGAUACUUCGGCUAUCUCGUCUCCCGCAAGAAGUAUGUUGUCUCGGUCGACGAUGACUGUACCCCAGCGAGGGAUGACAAGGGUCAGUUGGUAGAUGCUGUGGCCCAGCACAUCGUGAACCUCGGGACUCCUGCAACACCAUUCUUCUUCAACACACUCUAUGACCCGUACCGUGCAGGCACAGAUUUUGUUCGUGGGUAUCCAUUCAGCCUGCGUAAUGGAGUUGAAUGCGUCCUGUCGUGUGGGCUCUGGCUCAACUUGGCAGACUUCGAUGCGCCAACCCAGAUUGUGAAGCCCAGGGAGCGGAACCACAGGUAUGUGGAUGCCGUCCUGACUGUGCCAGUUGGGGCAAUGAUGCCCAUGAGCGGGAUAAAUAUCGGAUUCAAUAGGGACGUGAUGGGGCCUGCGAUGUUCCCAGGGUUGCGGCUGUCGGGGGAGGGGAAGCGGAGGUGGGAAACAUUGGAAGACAUAUGGUGCGGUUUGUGUGCAAAGGUAGUGUGUGAUCACUUGGGGCUGGGCGUGAAGAGCGGGCUGCCGUACGUGUGGAGGGAGAAAGGGCAGGGAGACGAGGCCUUGAAGAGCUUGAAGAGGGAGUGGAUGGGGGUGAAGCUGAUGGAGGAUGUGGUGCCGUUCUUCCAGUCGGCAAGGUUGCCACGAACAGCAGUCACGCCUGAGCAGUGUGUGCUUGAGAUGGCAGGGAUGGUGAAGGAGCAACUGGGGCAGUUAGAUCCCAUAUUUGAGCGGGCUGCCAAUGCCAUGAUGGAGUGGGUUCAGCUCUGGAAGGCUGCUGGGUCUGGAUCUUCUUAGGUAUGAUUGGGUUCUAGUUUUCUUACUGGCAUGACGUUUUAUUUCUUUCAAAUCCUCUGUGUUUGGUUUUUUUGUUACUGUUAUUUUGGAUCAAAGUAACUGCAAGAGGAUGGACUGGAUUUUUGUCUGGGAAGCGAAUAAUAAAACAGUUUUUAGUAUUCGGUUUAAA